GUGCCACUAUCCAUAUAACAAAGGUGUCAGAUUUUUCCUUCUAUUUUGUAUUGAGUGUUGUAAAUAUAUUGAAAAUCAAUUAUUUCUGCCUUCGUGAUGCUAAUUUAUUGAUCGAUGCAAAAGACUCGUCAUAUUAACAAUGAAAUGUUCCUCCACAAAAACCCGUUCCUAUAAAGAAAGCGAUUGUCAGAUGAACCCAUCAUCCACUUCUAUGUUUGUGCAGGAAAUAUUGUACACGGAGAGUCCUAUCGCAUUCCACUCAAGCAUAGAUUCCGAUGACUCAAUGAAGCCCAGCCCAAGCAACAGUGUGCUUGCCAAUAAUCAAUUAGUUUUGAUUACAAAUGAUUUCUGCACAAAUUUUCCGCUGCUACAACCCAUUGAAAAUGACCAUACGAGAGAACGGUCACUGUUCGAAAUGGGAUAUGACAACACCACAGUUGCUAAUUGGGAGACGAUUGCACAGCCAAAGAAAGAGGACAUUAAAACCCUGAUAAUUGACAUUAUCAUGAGACACGAAAAAACCGACAUAGAGAUUGUAAUUGCCGAUACUACGUUCCGCUGCCAUCUCCUUGUUUUGCGGUGUUACUCGGAAUACUUCAACAACUUUACCGAUAAUCCGAAAGUGGUUUCGCUACCAUCGAACGAAGUUACGCCAACGGCUUUUUAUAUGAUAUACAAAUGGAUGUUGAAUCCAGAUCCUACGAUCUGUCGUGAAAAUAUUUUGAAUUUUUUCAAAGCUGCCCAAUAUUUGCAAAUCGAAUGUGCGGCCAGUCAAUGUUGGACAUGUAUCUGUGAUAAUCAGUUCAUUGAAGAUACAGCUAUGCUACUGUAUCUGGAAGCUCGGGCACUUGGUCUAAAAGACGUGCAAAUUGCGAUGUCCAGCAGAGUUUCUAAAUUUUUUCUCAAUCUUGUGGCGUCAAAAGAUUUUCUAGACUUAAAUGUUGAUGAAGUUGUGCAUUUCUUAAAGUCAAACUCUAUUGGUGUUCACACGGAAAUUGAGGUCUUGUUUUCGGCUCUACGUUGGCUUUACGUUGAUUGGGAAGAGAGAUCAAGAUUCUGUUUAAAACUGAUCGAAUGUGUUCGCUUCGGACUCAUGACUCAAAGUCAACUUUUGCUGCUAAAACGGAACAAAGAACCUGAAAUUGUCAGAAUUGUCGAUGAUACUGUUAAAAGGAUGAUUGACGAUGGGAUAAGGCAAUCGAUCACUAAUUUUCACAAAUGUACCAUGUGA